AUGUCUGGUCCGCUAACAUACCAGAACUGUGAAGAAAUUGAAGAUCUUUUCAUCGCACUGUGGAACAAGAAGAUUCGGUUCAUCUUUGCAAACGUAGGCAUACGUUACCUAAAGCAGAAUCCUGUUGAGCCUUUAGCGUGCGAGGUAGAAAAGUUUCUUCGGACUCAACCGUAUCGUGAACGGUUAAACCUGUGUCACGAUGGGAAGAAUAACGCGAAAGCGGUAGAAACACGGAACCAGGGCAAUGACAUGUUUCAUCCGCGAGUGAAACGGUACAUCGAAGCCAUCAAGUACUACAACGAGAGCAUCGCCCACGCAGAGAAAGGGUCGGAGGAAAGGGCCCUAGCGUAUGGCAACCGGUCAAUAAUCUGCCUGGAGUUACACCGGUAUGAGGAUUGCUUGGUAAACAUUCGGCUUGCACGGGAAUCAAACUAUCCCAAAAGAAUGGAAGAAAAGCUCAAGAAGCGUGAAAACGAUGCCAAACAAGCGUUGAAAAAGGGCAGCAAAAAUAGCAACCGAAGCAAAGGUCCGGCUCGAAGCAAAGCGACAGAACCCGCGGAACGGGAGUUGAAGCUAAGCUACGCAGGUCAUGAGAACAUGCCGCAGGUUGCAAAUUGCUUACAGCUGCAACGCAGUCAGGAAUACGGACGGCAUGUGGUGACUAAUCGUCCACUGAAUCCGGGUGAUAUCGUGAUGAUCGAGAAACCCUUCGUUGCGGUGUUGAAUGAAUCGCUGCGAUACGUACGGUGCGCCCACUGCCAUCACGAAAAGACUUUUACACUCAUUCCCUGUGAAGGAUGUACCGAGGCCAUGUAUUGUUCGGAGCAAUGUUUGCGCAAGGCACACCAACUGUACCAUCGCUAUGAGUGCGCAGUCAUUCGAGACUUGCGGCGAAUUUCUAAUGACUUUCCCGUGAUGGCGUUACGCACUAUUGGUUUAGCGAUCGCAGCCUUCGAUGACGACUUGGAGGCGUUGAAGGAGCAUCUUAACAGUGUGGAUGAAGCGGGAGUCAACGCGUUUACUAUGGACUGGAACGUAGCUGCCCAGAAGGAUAUUUACGAUACCGUGCACACGUUAGCCACAAACCAGCAUCUUCGAGACGUCAGAGAGCUGACAUAUAUAGUUUUGUUAGCGACUAUCGUACAUCAGCUAGUGAUGGAGCAAACAGAGCUGGGCUCGAUUUGUGAGGAAGACGCUCAGAUGAGGAAACUGCUGUUCGAUUUGAUCCUCCGUUAUCUGCAAAUCGGCAACUGCAACCACCAAAGGCUUCGUUUUAUGGAGCGCGAACCGAAUGACGAAACAUUCUAUAGCAGUAUGUAUGCAAUGGGUUGCUGCCCAUUGAUCAGCAUGUUGAACCAUUCCUGCGCGUCAAAUCUACGGUGCAUCACUUUGCGCGAUGGAAGGUGUGCCGUACUUGUGGUUCGUCCAAUUGCUGAAGGUGGCCAACUUUUCGUAGAUUAUGGGUAA